UUGGCAGGGGGAAGGACCAAGGGAUUGGUAGUUCGGAGACUACAAAUCCCAGCAGGCAGCUCUCCCGCCCCGAGGCCGCCUACCAGGAGAGGGAAAGGUUCCGCGCGCGGGUUGAAUGGAACGUUGCCCUCCUGGGUCCGGAUCGAACUGCGGGGCGUGCUGGUGCUAGUCGUGGACGCGGGAAACCUGGAGACCGAAAACCGAGCAAUUAAUGCAAAGACUUAAAAUUUCCUACUCUGCUCCGGCAAGCCCAUCAUGCACAGGAAACACCUCCAGGAGAUUCCCGAUUCUAACAGCAAUGUUAAUAUCACCUUCACGUGGGGAUGGGAUCUUAACAAGACAUCGGAUUUGCUCUCAGGAAUGGGGGUCGCAGUUCUGGAGAAGGAAAAAUUGGACAGUGAAAACAUCCCCCAGGAGCUGCUCUUAAGUCAAGUCCCUCCUCCAAAAAAGCCAAAGGUGAAAGCAAAGGAAAAGGACUUUGUAAUUGCCCGCAGGCCGAGGCAAUCCAAAGAGAACAGUUCAGGAAUCUCUUGGGAUAUGCUACCAGAUGAAUUGCUCCUCGGGAUCUUUUCAUAUUUAUCUCUGCCCGACCUUGUAAGAGUCUCUGGGAUUUGUAAGAGGUGGCAUCGCCUCUCGUUUGAUGAAUCACUGUGGCAGACCUUAGAUCUGACAGGGAAACAUCUACUGCCAGGGGUGAUUGGGCAGCUGCUCUCAGUAGGCGUAGUUGCAUUUCGAUGCCCGAGGUCACACGUGGAUGCACCACUAUUUCAAAAUCCCAGGCCACUUCGGGUGCAGCACAUGGACCUAUCCAACUGCAUAAUAGAGGAGGCCGCCCUUGAGAGCAUUGUGUCUCGCUGCUGCAAACUACAGAACCUGAGCUUGGAAGGACUGAGGCUUUCAGAUGCCAUUGUCAGAAAUCUGGCUCAAAAUUCAGACUUAGUACGAUUAAACCUCUCUGGGUGUUCUGGAUUCUCGGCCUCUGCAUUGGGGAUUCUGCUGAAUGGCUGUACCCGCUUAGAUGAGCUGAACCUCUCCUGGUGCUCUGAUUUCACAGCAGAACACAUCCAAGUGACUGUCAGCUCUAUUACAGAAAGUGUGACGCAGCUGAAUCUCAGUGGGUACCGACAGAAUCUACAGAGAUCAGACGUGACGACAUUAGUGGGAAGGUGCCCCAAUCUGGUCCACUUAGACUUAAGUGACAGUGUUAUGCUGAAGAAUGACUGUUUCCAGGAAUUACAUCAGCUCGUCUACCUGCAACACUUGGCGCUCAGCCGAUGCUAUGAAAUAAUGCCAGCAGCCUUGCUUGAACUUGGAGAUAUCCCAUCACUGAAGACACUACAAGUUUUUGGAAUCGUAACAGAAAAUUCCCUUCCUGUGCUGAAGGAAGCACUCCCACAUUUGAAGAUCAACUGUUCUCACUUCACCACCAUUGCCAGGCCAACAGUGGUCAAUAAAAAGAACCCAGAGAUCUGGGGCAUCAGAUGCCGCCUGAUGAUGCCCAAUCCCAAUAGCCACUGAUGUCCUCGUUAUAGAGUGACUUCUCUUCAUGGAACAGCAGACGAAAAGGCCCCGUUGCUUGGAGCCCCUCAGCGGUUUUUCUUUACCUUUUCACUCUUUUGGCUUGAGGAUCACUUGAGAAAGAACUGUUUCAUGUCACUAACUUAUCAAAAUUUAGGAAUAAGUGUUUUGCACUGGGAACACAACUCUUGUAAAUGCCCUUUAAAAAGUCUGCCUAGAGAGCCAUGACAUUUCAAGUAUUUAUAAGUUUAAGGGAAUAAACCUGUACUUAAUAUUAAAAAGUUAUUCAAGGUAGGCACUUCAAAACACCUCUCCCAGACGUUCCCUCUUCUAAAAAUCUUCAGAGUGCAGCCAGUGCUCACUAAGUGAAUGCUUUUAUAGAAACUGUUGCAUCAAUUAUAUGUGCUUUUUCCAUUUUAUUUGUCUUACCUUAUGUAGAACGGAUUGGAUGACCUCCAAAUCACUCAUUUCUGAACUGAGCACAAAUAGAGCAAUAAAGUACUUUGCUGCAUUAUCUUGGUGGGGUGGGGGGAGGGGGGGGAUCCCAGCUCUAUCUUUGGGUGCUAAUCACUGAACUUUGAGGUAAUAAGGAUCAUAGGAAGGGAGAGCCUCACAAAAGCAUUUUAAGAGGUGGGGGGAAUGUUGUCUUUAACCCAAAGGUUGGGGUAAAGAGUAAAGUGUUUCCCCUUGGUUAUAAAUUUGUACCAAAAAUGCUUGGGAACCUUAGGAAGCAGAGCAAGCUACAUGACAGCUGGUUCCUGUGACUGAUGAGCUUGAAGUCUUCUUGGACAAAUUAUACAAGGUUUCCUUACAGUGACUCUAAAGGUCAUUUUUCUAGGUUUUGAAACUAGCUGUGAGAUAUAAUUACCAUGUUUGCGUUUUUAUAAAAUUUCUUUUCACAUCAUGACCGUAAUGAUCUUAACAUUGUUAAAGACUUGCUGCUUUGUUCACUUUUUUAUAUUGACAAUGCUUUUGCUUCUGAUGGUCGAUGUUCCACAAACCAGUUUCUAUUUUAGGUGCUAGGUAGAAUUUUGGCCUUCUUCCCUGUUCUUCCUUGUCACUGACAUCUAGAAGGGGCUAUUUUGAUUUUCUCCUAGAAUCAAGUACUGAAUGACAAGAAAUAAAAAAUUAUUUGCACCUGUUUGGAAUGCCCCAUUUGAAAGAGUUCUGGGGUCUAUGUCUCCUUCCAGUUGCAUUUUUAAUUAUUGGGGAGCACCAUGAACCUUCGGCACUCUUGAGAAAGAGGAGCAAUUUCUAAACUCGGCAAUCUAGGAGCAGGAACCCCAACUAAAAGCAUUGAUUUUACCUGUGGGGGAACGUCUUUGAAUUUUUAUAACUGAUGGAGCACCCAGGAAAAAAAUUAUUCAUACUCUUAAAAACUAGGUUAAAAAAUCAUUUGACUUCUUCCCAUUGAUCAAAGAAAACUAACUUUAUUUUAUUUCUGUGACUGACUUUAAAAAAAAAAUCAAGCUGGAACUAAAUACAUUAAGUCUGCCUUAUGUGGAACCGCAUCUCAGCUAAGGACAUCGUUCAUCUGUUAGACUGCAGGAGAGAACACUUUGGCCCAGUGUUAUACAGAGAUUAACCAUUGCUGUCCUGUAACUAAAUGGUAACUGUACCUUGAAAUGUUGUUUACAGAAUAGUCAUUAAGAGACCUAGAGUGGGUCUGGUGGGACUUGGACCUCUGGAUAAACAUCCUUUGACACUCAAGUCCAGAUAUAAGCUAUCUUGCCAAGAUUUUGGUGACCUAUGUUUUCAUGAUGUCUACUUUUG